AUGAAACUUUCUAAACGUUUAUUGGAAUCUGUUAAAAGUAAAUUCUGUGAAAAAUACACUUAUGAAGAUUAUAUAAAAAUUUAUAGUAAUAUUAAUCUACAUAAACGUGAAUUAGAAAAAUGGAUUAAAGAAAAAACUAAAGAUGAAAAAGAAGAAUAUUUUAAAAAUAUUUUUUCACAAUUUUUUUAUACUAAUCUUAAAUUAAAAAGAAUAGAAACUCUUAAAUUUAAGAUUAAAACUCCCAAUUUUUAUAUGCAUAAUCAUAUUUUUAUUUUUAUCGGAAAUUUAGAAAAAAGUUAUAAUUUAAUUACUGAAAUUUAUGGAAAUACUUUUGAAAUGGUUAACGCUAAACCUAAAGAUAUCAAUAAUUGUAACAGCAAAAAUAUUGAAAAAUUGCCAUUAUUGAUCAAUGAAUUUGUUCAAAAAGGAAAUGAUCAU